AUGAGCAGUUUAGGUGAUUUGCAGUACGUGAUUGGUUUUGCAGACAUCUAUUCCACCAAACCAAGUGUCUUUUUUGAUGAUAACAACGGCAAUGGUCUCCCCUUCUUGAAAAGCAACCAGCGAUUCAUCUUCACCCACCGUCAGAGGAUUUCCCAGAAGAACGCGAAUGGAAAACGGCCAAGAAGGAUUCUUGAAAGUCAUCACUACGACGAAACGCUAGGAGUUGUUGACAGUGGUGGAUAUUGGAGGUCUUCAACCGCUGAGAAGCCUAUACUUGAUGAGCAGCAAAGGGAAAUAGGGUUCGUCAGAACCCUUAACUUUUUGGAGUUCAAGGAUGAGAAAAAAAGUCGAAAGGAUGCCACCAAAACUAGGUGGUUAAUGCAUGAGUAUCGUCUCCCCGGAGACAGGUUCCAAGAAUGGGUUAUCUGCAAGAUCAAAGAUACCUCUCGUUCUCCACAUGAUAAAUAUUCUGAUUCUAUUUGGAUGAAAAAGUUGUUCGGAAAGUUAUUGUUGCCGCAUUCAGAUAAGAAUCAUCAUCAUCAAGAUGAAUAUCAGUCUCAGAUUCAGCCAUCUACUGUUUUCAAUAAUGAAAAUCUACAAAGUUAUGAAGUUGAUCAGUUACUAGAUGAUGAUCUUUUUACAGAGGUGGAUCAGUUAUUGGAAAUCGACGACAAUCGGAUUCAAACUCAGUCAUCUACCAUUUUUAAGGACGGAAACCUAUCAAGUUGUGAAGUUGAUCAACUACAUGAGAAGAAAAUAUCAAAAGAUGAUGACCCUUUUAAGGAAGUGGAUCAGCUAUUGGAGAUCAAUGAUGAUAAUCAGAUUGCUGAUUGCCCUUUCAAGGAGAUGGAGCAGUUAUUGAGAAUGAACGAUAAUGAUCCGAUUGCUGACGUAGACGAGGCAUUGGCCACGAUGAAUUUUUAUUAUUUGUCGGACCUACUCGACUAG